AGGGAGAGAGGGCUUGAGGGAUUGCCACAAAUGGUCAGGCAGCAGCGGUGGCGGCAGAAGAAGCGGCGGCGGCCGCAGCAGCAGCAGCAGGAGGAAGAAGCAAAGAGCAGCUGGAUCCUGUGCGCUCUGCCCGGCGGAGAAAAGAGGGUUGGUGGCGCAGUUGAAGAGUGCGCGGCGGCGGCAGCAGCUGCUGAGCUGGCUCCCUCCUGCCUUUCCUUCAUGAGUCUCAAGUUUGCGCUGGCAGGAGAUCUAAAGCGCAGCAGCGGCAGCAGUAGCCCGGGAAACGUCGUCGAUCGAGGCAGCGAAGGCGAGAGAGGAGCCAGCGAAGUAUGGCCGAGAAGUGGAGUCGGCAAGUUUGCAGCGGAGCCAAAGCAGCCUCGUCUUCAGCAGGGGGUAGCCAGGCCCUAGGGCGCUCUCCCUGGCUUCUCCUGCUGCUGGCGGUGCUGCUGGUGUGGACGGAGGCUCCGAUGCUCUCCGCUCGGGGCCAGGCGCCACCUCAGCCGCAGUACAACGGCGAGCGCGGCAUCUCCGUGCCGGACCACGGCUAUUGCCAGCCCAUUACCAUCCCGCUGUGCACGGAUAUCGCCUACAACCAGACCAUCAUGCCCAACUUGCUGGGCCACACGAACCAGGAGGACGCGGGUCUGGAGGUGCACCAGUUCUACCCGCUGGUCAAAGUGCAGUGCUCGGCGGAGCUCAAGUUCUUUCUCUGCUCUAUGUACGCGCCCGUCUGCACCGUUUUGGAACAGGCGUUGCCUCCCUGCCGCUCCCUUUGCGAGCGGGCGCGCCUGGGCUGCGAAGCGCUCAUGAACAAGUUCGGCUUCCAGUGGCCGGACACGCUGCGCUGCGAAAAAUUCCCCGUGCACGGCGCCGGAGAGCUCUGCGUGGGCCAGAACACUUCCGACCGCGGUACGCCCACUCCCUCUCUGGGACCCGAGUUUUGGACCAGCAAUCCUCAACUCAGGCCCAGCGGCGGAGGCGGAGGGAGCCACCUGGCGGACCGGGCGGGCAGGUUCAGUUGCCCCCGGGUGCUUAAGGUACCCUCUUACCUGAAUUACCGCUUCCUGGGUGAGAAAGAUUGCGGAGCUCCCUGUGACCCUGGACGCCCCCAUGGGCUCAUGUAUUUUGGGCAGGAGGAGCUGCGCUUCUCGCGGACCUGGAUUGGUAUCUGGUCUGUGCUGUGCUGCGCCUCCACCCUCUUCACAGUUCUCACCUACCUGGUGGAUAUGAAGCGGUUCAGUUACCCCGAGAGGCCCAUCAUCUUUCUCUCGGGGUGCUACACUGCUGUGGCAGUGGCCUACAUUGCAGGGUUUCUGCUGGAAGAGAAAGUGGUUUGUAAUGAGCGCUUUUCUGAUGAUGGUUCCCGAACUGUAGCCCAAGGCACCAAGCGAGAAGGAUGCACCAUCCUGUUUAUGAUGCUGUAUUUCUUUGGCAUGGCCAGCUCCAUCUGGUGGGUCAUCCUGUCUCUUACCUGGUUCUUGGCUGCAGGCAUGAAGUGGGGCCACGAGGCCAUUGAGGCUAACUCACAAUAUUUCCAUUUGGCUGCUUGGGCUGUGCCAGCCAUCAAAACCAUCACUAUCCUGGCCUUGGGACAGGUUGAUGGUGAUGUGCUGAGUGGUGUCUGUUUUGUAGGCAUCAACAAUGUAGAUGCUUUGCGUGGCUUUGUGCUAGCACCCUUGUUUGUGUACUUAUUCAUUGGUACUUCUUUUCUCCUGGCUGGAUUUGUGUCUCUUUUCAGAAUUAGAACUAUUAUGAAGCACGAUGGCACCAAAACAGAAAAGCUGGAGAAGCUAAUGAUGACCAGAAAGAACGACGAUUUAUGCUACCAGGAGGAACAAAAAUGUUUGAAACCUGAAAGAAUCAACAGCCUGAUGUUUCAGUGUAGUCAUUUAUAUGUAAAUCUGCAAAAACUGUCUAUGAUUGGUUCAUAGACUCUCUAUAAACUACUACAGCUCAUACUUCUGUAAUAGGUUUAUACAAGAUGUGUCAGUUUUCAGUGGCAAACUCAUUUUCAUAUUUAAUCAUUUCUGUGACACAACAGACUUGCUACUCUAAUGAUGUAUCAUUUAAAACUUUUUAUUUACAUUCCUGCCAAAAAUAUAAUCUCUGACUAAUCGUAUCCCAAAUGUGUCAGUUUGGUACACAUUUAUUUCUGUUCACUAUAUCAAAAUCAUUUAUAUUUAUAGAACAAUGGAAGUUUAUAUAAAUAUAUAAGAAUACCUAUUUUAAUUUUUUAAAUAAAUUGUUUUGUACAUAAU